AUGUCUGCCAGCAACGAUGUCUACCAAACCCCCCUCAACUCGCGCUACUCGAGCGAUGAGAUGAAAUAUCUCUUCUCGCCUCGGAUGCGCUUUUCGACCUGGCGCAACCUGUGGAUCUGGCUCGCCGAGUCCCAGAAAGAGCUUGGACUUCCUAUCACCGAUGAGGCCAUUCAGCAGAUGAAGUCUCAUGCCACCAUCCAGGACGACGAGUUCAAGGUCGCCGCCGAGGAGGAGAAGCGCCGCCGUCACGAUGUCAUGGCCCACGUCCACGCCUUCGGCCUCGUUGCCCCUGCCGCCGCCGGUAUCAUCCACUGGGGUGCCACCUCCUGCUACUGUACCGAUAAUGCCGACCUGAUCCUGCUCCGUGAUGGUCUCGAUAUCCUCAUCCCCAAGCUGGCCGUUGUCGUCGACAAGCUUUCCCAGUUCGCCCAGGAGUACAAGGACCUUCCCUGCCUGGGUUUCACCCACGGCCAGCCCGCCCAGCUCGUCACCGUCGGUAAGCGUGCUUGUCUGUGGAUUCAGGAUCUGCUGAUGGAUCUGCGCAACCUUGAGCGCGCCCGUGAUGACCUGCGCUUCCGUGGUGUCAAGGGUACCACCGGUACUCAGGCCUCUUUCCUCCAGAUCUUCGAAGGAGAUCACUCCAAGGUUGAGAAGCUCGAUGAGCUCGUUACCGAGAAGGCUGGCUUCAGCUCUGCUUUCAUUAUUUCCAGUCAAACCUACUCCCGUAAGAUCGAUGUUGAUGUCGGCAACGCCCUCGGCUCCUUCGGUGCCACCUGCGAGCGUAUCGGUAUCGAUAUCCGUCACCUGGCCAUGCUGAAGGAAGUUGAGGAGCCCUUUGAGAAGGACCAGAUUGGCAGCAGUGCCAUGGCUUACAAGCGUAAUCCCAUGCGCUCCGAGCGUCUGUGCUCUCUCGGACGCCACCUUCAGAACCUCCCCAAGGACGCUCUGGACACCUACUCGGCUCAGUGGUUUGAGCGCUCGCUGGACGACAGCGCCAUUCGCCGUAUCAGUAUUCCUGAGCUCUACCUGUCUGCUGACGCCUGUCUCAUCCUUCUAAACAACGUCACCUCCGGCUUCGUCGUCUACCCCGAGGUCAUCAAGCGCCGUGUCAAUGACGAGCUUCCUUUCAUGGCCACCGAGAACAUCAUCAUGGCCUGCGUGAAGAAGGGUCUGUCCCGUCAAGACGCCCACGAGGAGAUCCGCGUUCUCUCCCACCAAGCCGCCGACAACGUCAAGAAGCAGGGCAAGGACAACGACCUUCUCGACCGUAUCCGCCGCACCGCAUUCUUCAACCCCAUCAUCCCCGAGCUGGACGCCCUCCUCGACGCCCGCACCUUCGUCGGCCGUGCCCCCGAGCAAGUCCAGAAGUUCACCACGACCGAAGUUGCCGCCGCUCUCAAGCCUUAUGCCGCACAAGUCGCCAAGGCCGAGACCUCCGCUCUGCACGUCUAA